AUUUAAGAUGAGAUUUAUCGCUAAAGAAGUGUUGUCACAACACAUCAGUAAUAGACAUGUGCUAAAUAUUCAUAUAUUUUAAUUCGGGCGGAGUUGUUUGGUUUAUCUGGACUUCUACCUCAGAGUGAACAGAUUUAUUUAUCACUCUCUCUACCAAAGCGUUCAACAGUUCCGUGUUAUAGUCUCAGUGUGGUGGGGGUUUCCUUUGUGCUCGCACAGCAGGGACAGGGUGGAGCUGAGGGCGGGAUGCUCCGAUGGGAACAGACGCACCGCCUGUCUAUUGGACCAGACGCACAGAGAAGGAAAGCGCCGCCGGAGCUUGAAGACUUUGCAUGUUUUGUUUUCUCCAGGUCGGGAGGUAUGGAGACACCUGUCCACUGCGUCGACUAUCCGAACAGCUCCGAUUGAGGCUGAAGCAUGGAUGCUUUCUUAUCCUUAUUAUUAAUAUAGGAGCUUCCUGCGACCGCCGCACGUAAAGUUAUUUUUCUCUCCUUUCGUCGCGCUGUUUAGUCUUUGUUUUUUUCCGGCUUUAUGACUUCGCCGCUGUUUCUGGGUCAGCUGCUCGGGGUUCCGUUAGAAAUAAUGCCCCCAACCAUGGAGAAGGACACAACUUACACCAAGAUCUUCGUCGGCGGGCUGCCCUACCAUACCAGCGACGCUUCACUUCGGAAAUACUUCGAGACUUUCGGGGACAUCGACGAGGCGGUGGUGAUCACUGACAAGCAGACGGGGAAAUCCAGAGGAUACGGCUUUGUGACCAUGGUGGACAGGGCAGCAGCAGAGCGGGCAUGCAAAGACCCGAACCCCAUCAUUGACGGCAGAAAGGCCAACGUGAACCUGGCAUACCUCGGUGCAAAGCCUCGCAGCUCACAGACAACUCUUCCAGCUGGAGUUCACCAAGUCCUUCCUACGUGGGCUCAGAGGCAAUACGGGUUCACCCAGCAGUACGUCUACCCCCAGGCGUUCCUCCAACCCAGCCUCCUGCUGCAGUCUCACCUGAGCCCCUCAGCGACAGGUCUCACCUCCCCUUACCUGGAGUACAGCUCCGCCUACAGCCCCUAUGCCCCAUCGGGACUGGAGCAGUACCCUUACGUCCCCUCCCCAUCGCCCUCCACAGGCUACCUCAGCUACAGUUUCUCCCCCGGUACACCGACGCCCGCUCUCACGGCUCCUCCGACCCCUCCAGCUGCGAUCCAUCCACCUCUAGCCACACUCACAGCUGUGUCAUCCACACAGCCGGCCUUCCUCAAUUACCCUCUCCACCAGCCCGACCGAAUGCAGUGAUCAGACCUGAGCAAGGCUGAAAAUGCAGACGGAAUGAAUCAAAACAGGGGGAGUGGUGAUCGGAGACAUUAUCAGGACGAGACUGGACCGGGAGGGGGGAGGGGGGAGUGCGGAGUUAUAAAAAGGGCUUUUUGAGAGAUCUCUCAUUCCUGUUUUUUAUAUAUCCUUGGUGUCACAGAUAAUUAUAAUGAUCAUCCUGCGUUGUCGUCAGCAUACACUGUGAAUGUGUUGGCAGGAGUCAGUUGUGAUCGGUCAUCUUUUAGAUGCUUCUUGCAGGCAGUUAGACUGCAGGAGGGGACAUAAUGUAAAGGCAUGCAGAAAUAUGUCUUUCUGUCAUGUUGCUGCAGCUGCAUUUUCGCCAAAGGUCCUGAACUGAAUACUGGACUUCAGCCAAUCUAAAAGCCAGGUUCCCUCUGAAACACGGGGCCAGUUACCUCUGCUUCAAUGUUACCUUUCUGUCUGCGGCCAUGAAGAUUUCUCUCUGUACCCAGCUCAUCAUUUUUAUUACUCUCUUCUUCCAAAAAUGAAGAAAUAAGUUUAUUGUGACCCCGUAUUCCUGUCAUCUACUGCUAGGAAGUUAUAACAUAAGAAUCUUUACUGAAUAUGCAAUUAUUAUUACUGGGGUUUGGGAAAGAAUAAGGUAGGCAACACUGGUAUUUUAGGGGUAUUAUGUUUUUUCUUUUUUUUAUUCCUAGAGCAUUUUUCAGAGCACAAUUCUGUCAGGAUUUAAAUAUAAUAUUAAUGACAUUAAAUAUUUUAGCUGCUUUUUAGCCUUUUUUUUACCUAAAUGUGUCUUUGGGGAGAUUUUUCUUUCAUUUUCAGUUUUGUGCCCUCCACAACUAUUAGAAGCCCUGGUGAAUUUGUGUAAAAGAUCUUAAAAUUAGCCCAUCUUUUAUUUCAGUAUAAAAAUCUGACACUGACAGUUCAAGAAAAUUAAUUUGUAAAACAAAACACACAGUAAGAAAGAAUGAUAGUGUCAGACGUAUUGGGAGCUCUAAAUUUAACUGUAAUAUAAUUAUAAUUAAUAAUCUAUUGCUUCCUGCGUCCCUGUGUGUUCAUCUUGUUACUUCAUUAUUCGGCUGCAAGAAUUAUAAUAAGCAAAAACCAAUGAGGCAUAUGUGGAAAAGCACCUCAAACUCACUGUUCAGCAUGAUGAAGGAUCUGUGAUAAUGAGGGUAUAUUUCUUUUCUAAAAGCCCUGUGAACUUUGUUAGAGCACAUGACAUCAUGAAAUCUUUUAAAUAUCAGGACGUUUUAAAUGAAAAUCUGUUGGAUUACCCCAAAAAACUGAAACGUAGGACUUUAUGAACAGAAAGGUUUAAACCAGCCUCAAAUUCAACCUCUUAUCAUGACCAUCUCAGUCUUACGACCCCAAUCCUAUAGAAACCCUGUGGGAUGAGCUGAAGAGAAGAGUGUAUUCGGUGGGAUGCAGGCCACUGGGUGAUCUAGAGCAGAGGUCUCAAACUCCAGCCUUCAAGGACUGUCCUGUAAGUUUUAGUCCAAUACAUCUGAAUCAAAUGGCAGAUAUUCCUUUUCAGCAUGCAGUGAAGUUGUACAGAUAUCUGUUAACAGCCUAGAUUAUUUGAUCCAGAUGUGCUCAAGUCUAAAUAAUGCAGGACAUUGGUUCCUGGGGUCUGGAGUUCGGGACCAUUGGCCUAGAGAUUGUGCAGCUAAUACAGGAGAAAACUCAGUGUUGUUAAUUUGGCAAAAGGAUGAAGAACCAGCUACUAUCAUCCGGUUGUCAAUAGGUCUGGCACCAAUUUAGUAAAUAAUUACCUGAAAUUUUUGUUUUUAUUGAAUGAAUAAACUAAAGGUUUCAGAAAUUUUCAGUUAGAGGUUAUGAUGCUGCAAAAAGAAUGAAUUUUAUUAAAAUUUUUUUUACAAAGCUUUGUCCAGAGUGCUAAUACAUGUGGAGGGUGCUGUAAAUGUGUUUAAAUGUUUGUAGCCAUUUUGUGUGAGUGGAACAUGGUGCAGUAUACUUCAGAGUCCUUAGACGGUCACUUGUACUAUUGUCCAGUACUCUUGCUGCAUUAUAUAGACAGGUGCAUUAGCAUCUUCUGGUGUUGGAGCAUUGACACCAAUGUUAGUGGUCUGAACCAAGCCAUAUGUCAGAUUUUAAUCAAAUAUGCAAAAUAAAAAUGAAUGUUUUAAA